AUUUUGUUCAAAAUUAAACGUGUGUGCCGAAAUUGAUCAGAAGUUUUCCAUAUACUUGCUAUUAUAAUUAAAUUCAUUUCUGUAACAUGUCUGUCAGUUCUAGUCUCUUGUCUAGUGGAUGUACUACUGGUGGAGAUAACGUUAUGUUCACUUCAUCCAAUUCAAACAAUAGUGUACCUCGAAAUACAUUUCCAGUAUUACGUUAUACCCGUAAAGAAUUGCUCUCAUUAUGCGAUAAAAACUAUAAAGUACCUGAAAUAUUACCAACGUUUAAGCAAAUAUUUGUGGAGAAGGUGCACUUGCCAUUAGCUGUUAUUACAAGCAGAGAUGAACUACUGCUACAGGUUCCCCCGUUUACAAGACAACGACCUUCAAGGAUGCAACGAUCACUAGUUGGUUUCAAUACCUGUACAAGAGGUGGGGGAAGAGGGGGUUUUGUAAAUCAUGGUCGGAUGCAUGGGAAGUCAAAUUAUAAAAUCUACAAACGAUAUAUAGCUAAGUUCGGCGAAGCUGAUCCACGGUCAAUACCAGUGAAGAUUGAACGCGGCGGGCCAGAACGGAAUGGUGGAGGCAAUUUUUUAUGCACAGGGGGCGGCAACAUGUGCGUCAUCAGCUCAAGUUUAUAUUGGCGUGGUACUCCAAUUUUAAGUCCACGAAAAGAAUUUUAUAAUCAUCCUAGAAACUUGGAAAAUUGGCGACGUAAUCGCAACGAUCGGGAAAAUGCGCCUAGCAGUGGAGUGGGCAGUGCUGAAUCUUGGCGCGGUAAUAUGGACACAGGCUGUAAUUUCGCAGUAACACAUCAUUGGGAACCAUCUAAUGAAAAAUCCUCAGAACCUGUUACGACAAAACUUGUACCCCAUCCGCAAAAACUAAUUCCGGUAUCUAUGUGGGAUUUAGCCACUUUGGAGCAAGACGAUCUGUUAACAGUGUCACCUAUGACAACCCAGCUCAAAGAUGAAUCUGUCGCUAAACACCUUAAGGGUAGUACAAAACGUGCUAUCAAGCAACAGAUAGUAACCACGACGAACCCAAAGGUGUCUGAGGUUAGUGCUUGUAACAAAAAAAACGAGGCGGAUCGACGUCGAGAUCAAGCCGAAGAUAAACAUCGAAAGAAGGAGGAAAAGAAACGCCAGCAAUCAGGUGAGGAAAAACGCCACCAACAACAAUUAGAUGAUGAAAAGCGUCGACAAAUGGUUGAACAAAAUGAACGGCAGCUGCAAAUUCUAGUACGGCGGCGGCAAGCAAUUCUAGGAAAUAUAGCCAAUAAUUCUGGUUUAACUGAAUCAGUGAAUUCGAGUUCUAAUCUUCAUAACAAAAAUGCGCAUUUCCAAUCAUCUGUUGCACCAUGGUCUACUCAAAGCAAUGCAGCUUCUUCAAAAGGUGUGCCAUGUCUAGCUGAAAUACAAAAAGUUCAAAGACGGGAACGCCAAAUGGAACAGCGUAAAAUGAAAAUGUUUCGCAAACGAGUUCAUGCUAGUGCUAACGCUGCUGUUGAAGCAUUUGAUUCCAUGUUAAAAUGGAACGUACCUGUAAGGGACGUACCCGUUAAAAGUUUUGCCGAAAUACAAGCAGAAGAAGCAAAGUGUUUAGCCAAUGAAAAAAAUAUGUUGAAGCAGCGUCACAAAGAACAGGAACAGCAGCACACAACAACUGUUAUGAGUGCAACAAGUAAUACGGGUGGAAGCCCCAAUAAUACUUCGGCUGUAUGUUCAAGCACAAAAGCUUGGGGUUCAACAAACACAACUGUUUUCUGGGACAAAUCUAUCAAAUUUAGUGCUGUAGUUGCUGCUAAUAAUAAUUCUGGUGGAAAGUAACUAAAGAAUCUUCAACCGGUCAACAAAAACUGUCACCAUCUGCGUAUGCCGGUAAAGAAACCAUUGCAGUUAGUGGGCCUACCACAGUUUUUUAGUCCAACUUACUACAGAGUUGAUUGCAUGUUGCAGGUUUAGCGCAGCUUUUUAUUUUUUGUUGGUUUCUCGACGCUUAGUAUUGCGGUGUCAUCAGCAAAAGUGACAGUCUUACUGUUUGGUUCU